UUAGUUCAAAUUGACGUCAUCAUCCACUAACAUAAGCAGGUAUUAAUUAAAUUUCAAUUACACUUCAUUAUUACUUAGAUAUUAUGGCUGCCAAUUUCUAUUUAUGUACCGGCUUUAACAUUCAAUCAAGGUAAUUUAUUAAUUGUCAAACUAACAAAGAAAUCUAACCAACUAUUUAAAUUAAACUUACAAUUGAACCAAUUAUGUGCUAAACAUUUUAGUGACUGGCAUCAAUUUAUACACAAUUAUACCGAUUGUCUGUGUGGUUUGUACCAUUUACACCUGCAUUGUAAGUAGACAAUGAAAAUGUAAAUGAUGAUUGUGAGAUAAUUGUUGUUGUGAUGAUAUUAAUUACAGGGCGGCAUUAAGGGUGUAAUAUGGACAGAUGUAUUGCAGGGGUUUGUAAUGGUGGGCUCAUUGGUAUUUGUGGCCAUUAAGGGCACCAUGGAUGUGGGUGGUGUUGUUGAGGUUUAUGACAGAAAUAAGGAAUCAGGCAGACUAGUGGCACCAGAGUGGACCUUUGAUCCCACAGUGCGCAUGGGUUUCUUUGCAGUAUUUGUGGGUGGCACUUUAUUAAAACUGCAGGGUACUUGUAUUCUACAACCAGCAGUGCAACGCUUUUUAUCUUUACCCAAUAUGGUGGCAGUUAAAAAAUCUUUAUAUGCCUUUAUUAUCGGACUUGUGUGUCUGCUGAGUUUGUGUAUUUAUUUGGGUCUAUUGGCGUUUGCCUCAUACUAUGACUGUGAUCCCAUAUCGACAGGGCUGGUUCGCGCCAAAGAUCAAAUUGUUCCCUUAUAUGUUAUGCAAAUUGCUGGCUCUUUUCCAGGUGUUGGUGGUCUUUUUGUUUCAGGUGUUUUUAGUGCCGCCUUGAGUUCUCUAUCCACUGUCUUGAAUUCUUUAUCUGGAGUAGUUUUGAAAGAUUUUGUGGAACCCUAUCGCAAGAAACCCUUUACAGAAAGACAAACUGCUAUUAUUUUAAGAGUAGUUGUCUUGUUCUUUGGUGUUUCAGCCAUGGCUUUAGUUAAAGUGGUAGAAAAAUUAGGUAUGGUUAUGCAAUUGUCGGCUACUGUGAAUUCUAUAUCCACGGGGCCCAUGCUGGGUGUGUUCACUGUGGGCAUGACUAUGCCUUUUGUUAAAACAGAGAGCGUUUUAACUGGUUGCACUACUGCUGCCUUGACCAUGGCUUAUGUAGCCAUACGUUCCCAAAUUGACAGUGCCACGGGGGUUUUGAAAUUCCCUACUAAACCUGUUUCGGUAGAAGGUUGUACUUAUGAGUUUGAGGCUUUAAAUAAAACUAUUUUAAGCACCCCAAUACCGGAAACUUCUGGCAGCGCAUUCCAUCAUUUAUCCUUUUUAUGGUAUACCGGCUUAGGAGCUAGUAUCACUAUUGUGGUGGCUCUUUUGGCUACUUUGUACUUUGGUAAACAAGACUCCGCAGAAGUUAAUCCCAAGUUAAUUACUCCCAUUCUAAGGAAAUAUAUGAACAAAUAUAAAUACAGCAGUGUUGCCAUGAAUAGAAAUGAACUGGAAACGGAGUUACAAGACACUGUAGAAAAUAAUUGCUCGGAGGAAUCUCAGGAACUUAAAAUUCAAAAAAAUGGAAACCACUAGAUUUCCAAAGAUUUACUACAAAUGCCUUUUUCUUUACAAUUUCUUUAUAUUUUUAGACAAAUAAUAACAUAAUAAAAUAUAAAUGUCUUCAAAUUAAUUAUUACAUCGUCUUUUAUAUUUUGUAUUCUAUAUAUAUUGAACUAUGUUACGUAUACGUUAUACUUGUUAUAUAAUGAAUUAAAUAUUACUCAUACGUCACCUUCACUAUAUAAAUAGAUAUGUUUGAUAAACUUUAUUUUUACAGUUCAUUACGGUGUGAGUUUUAUAAUGUUCCAUUAAUGAAAAAUUGACAAACAAAAUUUAUUUAGAAAUUUCGUUUUAUCUUGUGAUCGUCUGUGAGGUGCUGGCAUACGUGUAAAUUGUUUGUGGUUUUAUUGAUUCAUAUUAAAAGAACCUUUUUUAAUA